GUGUGUCUGCGUUUGAAGCAGAGGUCAGAAAGCUCACGUCACCUUUUUCCUUUUACUUGAUUUUAAAUCAAUCUUAUUGAAGGCUUUCAUCAAAAAAAUAUUUUCUGUUGUAAUUAUCUGCGGUGUGGAUUUCGGUUCAUAUUAUUUGUAUAAAAAGAUUCAGAAUGAGUAAUGACGCUUGUAGCUAGUCAUUCAGAAUGUGGGACUGACUUGCAGAGGUCACUUUCUGAGUAGGGAUCGCCCGAUAUUGCAUUAGUUUGUGUACAUGCAUGCUGAAUGAGCGCAAAAAAACGGGCUCUUUUCUUGGAACCUCCACCUUGACAAAUAGUUUGUUUAAAGCUGACACACACAAGUGUGUUUGUGUGUGUGUGUGUGUGUGUGUGUGUGUGUGUGUGUGUGUGUGUGUGUGUGUGUGUGUGUGUGUGUGUGUGUGUGUGUGUGUGUGUGUGUGUGUGUGUUUGCGUAUGUGUAUAAGUAUGUUUCCCUGAUUGAUGUGUAACCUUUAUCCCACUUGAUGGGGUGGCUGACCAGUGAUGCAGUGCUACACAAUAAAAGCAGUUCAGUUGACAGAGGAUUCCUUCAUCACCCAAACCCAGACUCAGGUCCUCAACAUCCAACCUGGACAAAAAAUAUACCAAAAAUGUGGCUGAUGGACAAAAUCAGGGACAGGGUGGAGAGCCUUCCCCAGGAGCUAGCUCACCUUGUGGCCAAGGCAGACGCCUGCCUCUCUCCCAAAACCACGCUUUCCAAAAAUCUGAACAACAACAUCCUAACUCCAGACAAGAUCCCAGAGUUUUGCCUCCCCCCAAAGCUCUUCAGGAGGAAGAGCCUAGCAUGGAACCCGGAGGGACCCCCAGAGUACUGCUUUCCCAGUGGGGCUCUACUUCAGAAGACGAAGAAGACUUCCCAAGACACUACCCAUGAUGAGGAGUCCUUCAGGGAUGCUUGUCUGGGAGGCACAGCGACGGCCAAGACACGGAGGGUGAGGCCUCCCCCGUUCUCUGCCGAGGGCUACGGGCUGGCUGGCAUGUACGAGAGCCCAAACACUCGACGGAAAGAGUCCUUGUUUCAUGGGAAGUGUCCUGGUUAUGUGUUCGAUAGGAGCCAACGGUGUGCGAUGCAGGUGGCAAAUCGCACACAGCAGGCGCAGAGGAAAACCUUAUCGUUACCUGGCCUUCUCCCAUUGUUUCUGGGCAAGAGGCUUUCAGAGACAGGAAGUACAGAGAGCGAAACCUCCUCUUCUUCUUCUGACUCCACUCCCAUCGGUUCUCCUUACAGUACCGGCUCUUCCCUCCACGUAUCGGUGGAACGGGCAGGGGACCCUGUUAGUGAAGCUGCAUCAUCUUCAUCCUGUCACCUGGUGGUUAAUACGAAUACCAGAGCACACAGGUGGAGGCCUAGAAAUGAGCAUGCGACGGGGCUCCACCGUGGCCUCACUUCUGCUCCGGCUGCUGCUGCCGUCACCUCGGGCCCUGGGGCCCGCCUGCUGACCCUGGUCCCGCCCACCGUCCUCCCCGUGGACACCCUCCAAUGCCAAAAGCCUCUUCAGCAUGAGCACAGCAUCCCUCUUCUGGGUGGCGGCUGUGUCCGGCUCUCCACAGAACGUAUUCCGUUGCCACUCUCCUCUUCCACUUCCUCCUCCUCCACUUCAGGCACCUUCACAGUACGAGUCCGGGUGGUGUCGGUGGAGGGCCUCAUGCGGGAUGAUGCGGACCAACGACCUUUGAGCUGCGCUUUGAGCCUGUGUCUGGUCCCGGGGAAGCUGCAGCUUCAGAAGAGUGCCACCAUCAGGAACUGUAGCCACCCUGUGUUUAACGAGGAUUUCUUCUUCACAGAGCUGAGUGAGGAGACCCUUUCGGUGCUGGAAUUGAGGUUGAAGGUGAUGGAUAGGUCUGCUUCGGGAACGCUGAGACGAGGGGCGGUAAGGGCAGUAGUCCUAAGACCACUCAGCCAGCUACUCCCUUCUGAGGUCCAAUAGACAUUAAGCGCAUUAUAAAGCUAGCCUAGAAAUGUAUUUUUGUAAAAAAAAGAAAUGUGGUGUCGUGCUGUUACAUUUUGUUAUAAAUGUGAAAUUAUGAAACACUUGUAAUAGUAAAUAUCUGUUUAUGAAUGAAGUAGUAUACCACCAAGAAGUAACAAAGAGGAAAUAUUAUGUAAGAAGAUGGCAUGCUAUUGUUAGACCUAUGAGAGGCUACACUCACAUAGUGUCGUUAGCAGCAUUAUACAACUGCACGUAAAAACGAUGAUUGAUUUGUCCUGAUAAUAAAAUGCUAAUUCAAAAUUGUGUUUAACGUGCUACGUACAGAGGCGUUUUAAUAGUCUUCGUCAAGACUAUUGAAACGUCAGGAACCGGGCACAUAUGGUGAACAUAAUGUAGUAAAAUAUUACUUUGUCUUUGUUUCAAAUAACAAUAAA